GGCCGGGCGAUGAGAAUAGCAACUGGACUUCUAUUAUUUUGUCGUCAAUUCCCCCCAUCAUUCUUUUUCCCCCUCUUGCGCUUUUGGAGUGCACUCAUCCAACCCACGGGAAGUUGACAGACUGGAACAUCGAAAAAUAAUAUUUUCGACCAAACCACAACUCGCAAUGAAGUCAACCAUCUUUACACUUGCUGCGGCUGUAGCCCCGGUGCUGGCGAGCGUACCACCGGCCGAGUUCAAGUUUCCCGCCGCUGAUAACGAGCUGAGUGUGGCAUUCACAUGGAGCGGCCAAACCAGGACCGUGUCGGCAGGCCAGCUGUUUGGCAGCAACAUCACAAGCCAGCAGCCUGAGAUUGCAGUGGACCAGAAAAAGUACCAAGCCCUAGCAGACUACACGGGCGAAUACAUCAUUGUCAUGAUCGACCCAGAUGCGCCAUCGCCCCAAAACGCAACGCUGCGGUCCAUCCUGCACUGGCUGCAGACCUCAGCCACGGCGCAGACCACCAUCGGGUCCAACAGCACGCUCUCCGGCCAGAUGGCACUGCUUCCCAAGUCAGGACAAAAGGCCCAGGCCCAGUACGCGCCGCCCGCGCCGCCACCCACGUCGGCCGCGCACCGCUACAUCAUCUACGCGUUUGCGCAGCCGAGCAACUUCAGCAUGCCCCGUGCCUUUUCCAACUUUAGCUCCACGAACCGCGCCGGUUUCAACAUCGACAACUUUGUCCGCGACGCCAACCUGGGCAAGCCGCUGGCCGCCGAGUACUUUUACGUGUCGCGGCAGUCCAACGUGCCGGGCACCUUUGUCGACCAGCCGGGCGGCUCGUACCCCGGCGGUAACGGUAACGCCAUCUUUGCGGCCAACCAGACGAAGCCCGCCAGCUCGUCUUCGGGAUCGAGCAACAGCAGCAACAGUACGAAACCGGCAACGACGUCGUCCUCCGGCAGCAGUGGUGGUAGCUCCGUCGGUAGCGGUGGUACCACCUAUACACCCUCAUCUACACCAGGCAACGCAGCCGGCAAGCAGUCUGUUGGUCUGGGUGCUUUGUUGGUGGUUGGAGUUGUAGGACUUACUAUGUUGUUGUAGAUUCGUCUACGAAACUUGUAGAAACCUUCAUUUUCGGUGGUAGAUUUGACAGAAAUUAAUGUUGUUCUUACCAUCACACAAUUUUCUUUCUUUUUUUUCUUCUUUUCUCUUCUUCACAGUAAUUACUUAAAGGCUGGCCGUUUUUGACGGCCAGGGCUUGGCAAAAGAAUUUUUUUUUUUCCUUUUCAAUUUCGUGGCCCUUUUGGUAUUCGUGAUUCAACACGUUUGCGUGACUCCUAACGCUGAAUUAUCUGGCCUUUGGGGUCGGCCACUUACUA